AUGGAACAAAAACCUUGUGAACCCAAAAAUGAACAUCUUUUAUCAAGCAGUGGCAUCCCAUCCAAUGCAGGUUCUUCAAGUCCAUUUUUUAUGUCGUCUAUUCGUGGAACAAUAAUUGAAAACACAUCUUCAACUGGGACUAUAACACAAAUUCCUUUUUUCCCUAAAUAUGAAGUGGAACUUGAUUCUCAUAGAAAAGUCAUUCCUUACCCUGGAAAGGAACACAUUGAGCGUGUUUUGGAAGAAUAUUCACAUCAAGUCAAAGAUUUGCAGAGAAGACUAAAUGAAAGCAAUGAAUUGCAUGAGAAACAAAAGUUUUACUUAAGACAAUCAGUCAUUGAUUUGCAAACAAAACUUCAAGAGAUGCAGAUGGAGAGAGAUGCCAUGGCUGACAUCAGACGAAGGGAGAGUCAGUCCCAGGAGGAUUUACGAAACCAGCUUCAAAAUACAGUUCAUGAACUUGAAGCUGCCAAAUGCCUUAAGGACGAUAUGCUGAAAGACAGCAGCACACAGAUAGAGCAGCUAAGAAAGAUGAUGCUUAGUCAUGAGGGAGUGCUUCAAGAAAUCCGAUCAGUCCUAGUUGACUUUGAAGAAGCCUCAGGCAAGAAAGUAUUUGAACAGGACAGCAUGUCUACCAUCCACUCCAGAAGCAUGGCCUCAGCUAUUAGUAAAAUCCUAAGAGAAUUAGACACAGAGAUUUCUUAUCUUAAAGGGAGGAUAUUUCCAGUAGAGGAUCAGCUUGAAGCACUGAAAUCUGAAUCACAAAACAAAAUGGAGCUACUUCUUCAACAACAUCAAGAUAGGAUUGAGCAGUUAAUAAGUGAACAUGAAGCUGAAAUAACAGGACUCACCGAGAAAGCUAGCAGUGCUAGGAGCCAAGCCAACAGUAUCCAGAGUCAAUUGGAAAUCAUUCAAGAGCAAGCAAGAAACCAAAAUUCAAUGUAUAUGCGCCAACUGAGUGACCUGGAAUCUACUGUUUCUCAACUACGUUCUGAAUUAAGGGAAGCCAAAAGGAUGUAUGAAGACAAGAUAGAAGAGCUGGAGAAGCAGUUAGUUCUUGCAAACUCAGAGCUAACUGAAGCACGGACGGAACGUGAUCAGUUCAGUCAGGAAUCUGGAAAUCUGGAUGACCAACUUCAAAAGCUCUUGGCCGACCUACAUAAGCGAGAGAAGGAGCUGAGUCUGGAGAAGGAGCAGAACAAGAGGCUGUGGGACCGGGACACGGGCAACAGCAUCACCAUCGACCACCUGCGGCGGGAACUGGACGACAGGAACAUGGAGGUGCAGCGCCUGGAGGCCUUGCUCAAGGCCAUGAAGAGCGAGUGUCAGGGCCAGUUGGAGCGGCAGAUGGCAGCCAUUCAGGGAAAGAAUGAAAGUCUAGAAAAAGUGUCCUCCUUGACUGCUCAGCUUGAAUCCACCAAAGAGAUGCUCCGCAAAGUGGUGGAAGAGUUGACAGCCAAGAAGAUGACCCUGGAGAGCUCGGAGAGGACCGUGUCGGACCUGACCGCUUCCCUCCAAGAAAAGGAGAGAGCCAUCGAGGCCACCAACUCAGAAAUCACGAAGCUGCGCUCCCGGGUGGACUUGAAGUUGCAGGAGCUGCAGCACCUGAAGAAUGAAGGGGAUCACCUCCGAAACGUGCAGACAGAGUGCGAGGCCCUCCGGCUGCAGAUGGCAGAGAAGGACAGAGUGAUCGAGAUCCUGCGCCAGCAGAUCGAGAACAUGACACAGCUGGUGGGCCAGCAGGGGCGCACGGCCGGCGCUAUGCAAGUGGAGAAAGCUCAGCUGGAGAAGGAGAUCAGUGACAGGAGGCUGGAGCUACAGGAAGUCAAGAUUUUGAAAGAUAAAAAAGAUGCAAAGGUACGGGAGCUUGAAGCCAGAGUGAGUGACCUGGAAUUGGAAAAGGUGAAGCUGGUGAACGCAGGCUCCGAGAGGCUCCGUGCAGUGAAAGACAUCAAGCAAGAGAGAGACCAUUUAUUAAGUGAGGUGAAAGCUAGUAGGAAUGAGUUAAACAGCCUUACCGAGGACUAUGAAGUCUUAAAAAGGAACUUUCGAAACAAAAGUGAAGAAAUGGAAACUACUACAAAUAAGCUGAAAAUGCAAUUAAAAUCUGCACAGUCUGAGCUGGAGCAAACAAGAAAUACUUUAAAGUCAAUGGAAGGAUCUGAUGGUCAUGCUAUGAAAGUGGCAAUGGGGAUGCAAAAACAAAUUACAGCUAAAAGAGGUCAGAUAGAUGCCCUUCAGAGCAAGAUACAAUUUUUGGAAGAGGCAAUGACAAAUGCGAACAAGGAAAAACAUUUUCUAAAAGAAGAGAAGACGAAAUUAAGCCAGGAAUUGAGUACUGUUGCAACAGAGAAAAACAAGAUGGCUGGAGAACUAGAAGUCCUGCGAUCUCAGGAGCGCCGAUUGAAAGAAAAGGUUGCUAAUAUGGAAGUUGCUCUCGAUAAGGCAUCUUUGCAGUUUGCAGAAUGUCAAGAUAUAAUACAGCGUCAGGAACAAGAAUCUGUGCGCCUAAAACUUCAACACACGUUGGAUGUAAAAGAACUGCAGGGCCCUGGAUACACCUCAAAUUCUACUGUGAAGCCACGCCUUCUACAGCCAUCGUCUGCUGCUCGCUGUCAUUCCAACGUGCCAUCUUCCCAGUCUACAGCCAGCUUCCUGUCUCAUCACUCUAUGAAACCUAACGCAAAGGAAGAUCCAACGAGGGACUUGAAACAGCUUCUCCAGGAGUUGAGAAGUGUGAUCAACGAGGAGCCAGCCGUGCCUCUGGGCAAGAGCGAGGAAGACGGGAGAGCACCAUCUCUGGGGGUCUCCUUUGUGGCUGUAGAUGGUAGAGUAAGAGAUUCCAUUAUUGAGUCAAGCCUGAGAUUAGACAUAUGCCAUAGAAGCAACAACUCAUUAAGGGAAUCCACUGAAGGCAGCAAAUCAAGUGAAACUUUUAGCAGAGAGCCAGUCACGUUACACGUAGGAGAGUUGGAAGAUCCACCUGGUUGCUUUGUAUUCCAAUCUGCAGGAAGUCCAUCUGUGAAAAAUUCAGCUUCCCGUUCAUUCCAUUCUUCUCCUAAGAAGUCUCCAGUCCACUCACUCCUAACUAGUUCGGUUGAGGAUUCCAUAGGUUCCUCACCACAGUAUAGAUCUACCAAACCUGUUCAUUCACCUGAUUCUGUUAAAGCUUCACAGUCUCAGCCAAUAGAAACAACCGGAAAGACAUGCAGGAAGCUCCAAACCAGACUGGAAAGCUUGCAAACUCUGGUAGAAGAUUUACAGAUGAAGAACCAAGCAAUGUCUUCAAUGAUCAGAAAUCAAGAAAAGAGAAUACAGAAAGUGAAAGACCAGGAAAAAAUGUUACUAAAAUGA